CAGCAGAACCAUGUUCUCUCUCAGUGUCCUCCUGCUUACCUUGGUGCUUCUGAACUCCAGAUUGCUGAUAUCUGCAGAGACUGUAGUUACAUGUGAUGGGUUUGUCCAGCGUCUCAGUUGUGAUACUGGGGUGAUCAGUGUACAAUCAGCAACCUGUGGCCGCACAAGCAGCCAAAUUUGCAGCAUUGGACGACCACCAUCUGAGACAUCUUAUACUCAGUGUUCAAUAGAUGUCACUGCGGUCUUCAAACGGUGUAAUGGACUGAGAGAGUGCGAGUUAAACACUCAAGGACUGGCACCAAAAGAUCCAUGUUUUGGCACCUACAAGUACUACACUACCAACUACAUUUGCAUCCCAGCAGAAACAAGUGUGACUUGUCACGGUGGAUACAGUUAUUUGAAAUGUGAAAAUGGUAAGAUUCAGAUAAAUACUGCAAACUAUGGACGUACAGAUAAAACCACUUGCUCUGAAGGACGUCCAUCCGAACAGCUCCAAAACACCAACUGCUAUUCACCCAAUGCACUGGCUCCUGUGUCCAAAAGUAUCUGGAAGACUGUAGUUACAUGUGAUGGGUUUGUCCAGCGUCUCAGUUGUGAUACUGGGGUGAUCAGUGUACAAUCAGCAACCUGUGGCCGCACAAGCAGCCAAAUUUGCAGCAUUGGACGACCACCAUCUGAGACAUCUUAUACUCAGUGUUCAAUAGAUGUCACUGCGGUCUUCAAACGGUGUAAUGGACUGAGAGAGUGCGAGUUAAACACUCAAGGACUGGCACCAAAAGAUCCAUGUUUUGGCACCUACAAGUACUACACUACCAACUACAUUUGCAUCCCAGCAGAAACAAGUGUGACUUGUCACGGUGGAUACAGUUAUUUGAAAUGUGAAAAUGGUAAGAUUCAGAUAAAUACUGCAAACUAUGGACGUACAGAUAAAACCACUUGCUCUGAAGGACGUCCAUCCGAACAGCUCCAAAACACCAACUGCUAUUCACCCAAUGCACUGGCUCCUGUGUCCAAAAGCUGCAAUGGUCUGGAAAGUUGUGAGGUGUUUGCGACACAUACAGUCUUUACUGAUCCCUGCUUUGGCAUAUACAAGUACCUCGCGAUCUCUUACUUUUGCCUCCCACCUGGAGUUCGUUCAAGUUUGGUCUGUGAACAUGAGACGAGUGCUCUGAACUGUGAUGAUGGGACUGUCAUAUGCGUUCACAGUGCUAACUACGGCCGAACUGACAGCAGCACGUGCUCUACUGGACGACCUGCUUCUCAGCUUGCCAAAACUGAUUGCUACGCCUUAAAUUCACAGACAGUAGUCACUAGUGGAUGUGAAGGGAAAAACAGCUGCUCCAUAUUGGCCUCCAACAGUGUCUUCUCGGAUCCAUGUGUCGGUACAUUCAAGUACCUGUACAUCUCAUACUCCUGCGUGUCUAAGUGUAAGUGUGACUGUACAGAGCAAUGA